AUGUCAUUUGUUCUAGUGGGAUUUGUUAUAUUACAUGCGCAAAGUCAAGAAGAUCCUUCCACUACAGAGGAAAGUGUAACAACAAAUGGAGUUAUUGUCGAAGUGAUCACUACAGAAGCACCUACUAUAAUUAGCACUGAAGCAACCACAACUACACCAAUAGUUACAACAACAACAAUAACAACAACAACAACAAUAACAACUACCACUAUUAUUACAACUACAACACCAGGUAUACCAACAACUACAAUACCAAGAACUACAACAACAAGAAGUACAACAACAACAACGACAACUACAACAACGACUGAACCAGUAUAUACAACACCAAUACCACCACCAAAUCCGACGUGGAAAAUUAUUGGUGGUCUCGCAGGUGCUAUGGGAGGUAUUGCAUUAAUUGGUGGUAUUGCUGGUGUAUAUGUAUGUUAUAGAAGCUCUCAACGACGUGUUCAUAGAGAAUCUGAAACUGCGAACCAUCGACGCGAUAUUCCAUUACGAGCCGUAGGCAGUGUUUAA